CGUCAAUUUGGCGGGAAGUGAGUCUGUUGUACAGCGGAGCAAAAUCUAAGGCGAAACAUUUACUAUUUCAUUUACAGAGGGUUUAAAAAAAACAAAUACUGGCAUGUCUACAUCAUCUGUGUCUAAGGGCUGUUUUGUGUUUAAACCGAGCACUAAAAAGAAGAAACACCUCGGACUGGAGGAUCACUUUACCGGUGGCUGUGAAGGAGCACAGAACAGUGGGAAACGAUACAAACUGUGCCAGGAUCUGUGGGACCAAAUAAAAACAGACACAGAGUCCCUGCAGGAUGAACUUAACAGGAGUAUCCUGGACAGUUUGCUGGACUUCACCAGGAAGUGCUCGUCCACCCGUCAACAUGGCGACUGGGCUUCACAGAUGCGGGCCAGUGAGAUUCCCACAGCGGCUCUAGUGCUCGGUGUGAAUGUUCCAGACCAUGACAUGACCUUCCAGAGUCUGUCUGAGCUCCUGCAGCAGUUGGUCACUCCUCAUGUGGCUUCUCUGCAGGCGAAAGAGUGUGGAGCUUUGAAGCACCUGAUGAAGAGAGUCCUAGAGAGGCUGAUGGGCACUACGUGUACUGUGGAUGAUGAUGAAGAGGAGGAACCUGAACAGACCAGCACUGAAACACACAAGAGCAUGCACUGCUCCCUUGGUAUACUCUGUGACUGGUACAAGUCAAAAACAAGGAAAUCCAGCACAGGUACGCCUGGAAAGAAGCGUAGUUCUCCAGUCAAAGAUGCACAGCAGCCUCCUGUUGUGGUUAUAUUCAAGGAUCUGGAGGCCUUUAACCACAGAGUUCUGCAGGAUUUCAUUCUCAUCUGCAGCCGCUACAUUGAACGCCUUCCGCUGAUGUUCAUCUUUGGAAUCGCCACGUCACCCAGCACCAUCCAGAACAUGCUGCCUCACUCUGUGUCCUCCCUGCUGUGCAUCGAACUCUUCCAGUCUCUGUCCUGCACUCAGCAUCUGGCCACAGUCAUAGACAAGUUGGUCCUGACUUCACACUUCCCUUUUAAACUCAACGGCAAAGUGAUGCAGGUGCUGAUCAGCAUCUUCCUCUACCACGACUUCUCCGUGAGGAACUUCAUCAAGGGUCUUCAGUUGGCUUUGCUGGAGCACUUUCACUCGCAGCCUCUCAGUGUGCUCUGCUGUAAGAAAGAGGCCUUGGCCAACGUGAUGGAGCUCAGUCAGAGGGACCUGGAGAGGAUAAGGCAGCUCCCGUCAUUCAGGAGGUACACAGAGAAGCAGGAUGCCCAGGAAAAGGUCAAUCUGAUGACUGAUGACACGCACUUAAAGGUAGAGUGUCGGAAGCUGAUAAAGGACCUUCGUAAAUAUCACAAGAACUAUUACCCUGUCCUGAGUCUGCACACUCUGACCUCGUCAUUACCUCGGUACCCCCUCGGAAAACAGAUCAGGGAGCUGCACUUAAUAUGUCUGGAGAAGACUGUAUGGGAGACAGAGGAGUACCAGUCCGCCAUGAAGCUCCUCAGGAUGUUGGCUAAAGAGCUGAUCGCCUCCAUCCAGAGGUGUUGUGGAACUCUGAAGCCCGUCAAAUCGAAGAAGAUGAUGAACGCUCUCAUCCAGAUGGAGGAGAUAUUGACAAAAAUAAAACAGUUGGACGCCUCUGCAGAAAACGCCCCCCCUGUUGACAACAGCAUCACCUCCCCAGUAAAGAGUCUGAGUCAGAAGAAAACCGAUCUGUUCCAGCUGCAGAAGACGCUGCUGGAGAUGAACGAGACCCGCAGAACAAAGAAACUGAGCCCGUUUGAGACGGUCCGAAACGAGGCGCUUGAGCUUAUCGACGGCUUAGUGAAGAGUCAUUUAUCUCCGCCAGAAGCCCAGACGCUGUACGAGGUCUGCUACUACACCUCCUCUGCCACCGUGAGACGCCACCUCAACGCUACGCCUCGCACCUCCAUUCAGGCUGCACUCAGUAACCCAUACCACUACCUACAGAAUGAAAGUCUGAAGACAGAGGACGGCUCUGUUUCCAACGCCGCUCCUGAUAUCUGCAUCGCGUACAAACUCCAUCUGGAGUGUGGCAGGCUCAUCAACCUCUAUGACUGGCUGGAAGCUUAUGCCACGGUGGCGUCUGCAGCCGAUGGGAACGAUCCGGAUUCAGACACUUUCGGCAAAGUGGAUGACUUGUUUUCUAGCGCUCGUUUCAUCCAGGCUGUGUCAGAGCUGGAGUUUCUGGGCUUCAUCAAGUCCACAAAGCAGAAAACCGAUCACGUGGCCCGACUCACAUGGGAGGCUGUUGAACGAGAAAAACGGACCCAUACCUGGUUACUGCCUCUUUAG